CAGCAGACGAGCCAGCAACAGCACUUCCCACCUCCACCUCCCGGCCCCCCUCCGUCCCAGCAACAGCAACCACACUAUCAGCCUCAGUAUCAGCCGCCACCGCAACAACAGCAACAGCCUGCCCAGCCACAACCCUCAAGCUAUGCAAUUCCCGCAUACGAUCCUGCGAAUCCCGUCUUUGCGCCGCCGCCCUCAAAUGCUCUCAAUGCAUCUGCGACCCCCUCGGCAUAUCAUCAGCCUCCGGCAGAAGGCCAGCAACAACAGCACCAACAGCAACCAUACCAGCAAGCGCCUCCGUCCCCGCAGCACCAAACAGCUGGCGAGCAACAGGGACAUCACAAACUUGGCUGGAGUGAGCGUCUCUCUGCUCUGGGCAUGAAGGCUGCGGCGCCCAUCAAUAGCAUUGCACACAAGCUGGGCAGCCAAAGCUUCCUCCCCGAGACGCUGGACAAGGAGUGCGACAAGGCCGCGACCAUUCUCAAGGCGUUUUGCAGAAAGGGAGUCUACGCCGACCCUGCGGCCACUUCGGUGCCCACCUCGACCGAUCCUAAUGCGGUUGAGUCGACCGACAGAGUCAUUGAUCCGACAAAGGAGAAGCCAAAGAAUCGCGUCAUUGUAACGAUCCCGCCGAAAGUCAUCUCCAAGGCUGUUGGCCUUGCCAUCUUCACCACCCUUCGCGCCGGCUUUCAGGUGUCUGGUGCUACAGGCUCGGGAAUUCUGAUUGCGCGUCUCGAAGAUGGAUCCUGGAGUCCUCCCUCUGGCAUCCAGCUGCACUCCGUCGGCGGGGGGUUCCAGAUUGGUCUCGAUAUCUACGACUGCGUCUGCGUCAUAAACAGUAAGGAGGCUCUCGCGGCCUUCACCAAUACACGCGUUAGUCUGGGCAGCGAUCUAGCCGUCGUGGCUGGCCCAUAUGGUGCUGGUGCCGCCGUUGAGUUUGGUGCAUCAUUGGAGCCCAAGGGAAAACACGGGCAUCAAGAAGGCUCCGAGGUUCAACAGCAGCAGUCACAGCAGAAUCUCCAGCCAGCGGAAGACAGCAAGAAGAGUCACAGGCGCAGUCUCAGCGCCAGCGCAACCAAGCCUGUCUUCUCCUAUGUGAAGUCGCGAGGCUUCUAUGCUGGCAUUCGGAUCGAUGGCACAGUAGUUGCCGAGCGCAAAGAAGCAAACGCUGCCUUUUACGGUCAGGCCGUCACUGUAGACCAAAUUCUCAAGGGCCAAGUGCCGCCCCAAGGCCCCCCCGGGAUGUGGCCUGCUGGAGCUCAGACACUGUACACCGUUCUCAAGGGGGCCGAGGCCAGUGCGCUGCAAGCAUCCUCUGGUAACAGCAGUCCAGGGCAUCACCAACAACAAACCGCGCACGGCUACGACCAUCCUCAACCGGGCCAUGUUGAACAGCAGACGUCCCCUCCCUCGUAUGCAGACAGUGGGCCCCGUCCAAUUGAUGGCGACAUCAAGUACGCUUGAAGAGGAAUGAUCAAAUAGAAGAACGAGCAUGAGUAACGAUGGUAUGAUGACGAAUACGAACCUAAAUAGGACAAAUUGAUUUCCCAUG